UUUGGACUUUGGGUUUGGAGGGUUUUACGAUAAGUGUAGAUUGACGCAUUUGUUUGCUAGAGUCUUCAACAAUAUGGCAAUUACUCUCUCCUUCUAAACCGAAGACGAAGCUCUAGUCAUAGCCAUGUCCACCACACACCCAUCCCUCAUAUCUCCCAACUUUUCCUUCAAAUUCAAACCCUCCUCCUUCCCACGCCAACAAUUCCCAACCACCACUAAAUUCCAACCUUCUAACCGUCAAUUCACGCGCAACCUCAUUGGGUUUUCCCCUAAACUCCUCAGAUUCACCCCGCUAAAGCGUUUUGCCGUAAAUGAAGAUGCGAGUGCUGUCCCUGGGUUGGAUGAAGCGGAGAAGAAACUUCGAGAGUCCAGCACUAUGCCGGCACGGUUUAGGGAUCAUCUUAAAGAAGCUCCGGAUCCUCCCCUCAGAUGGCCGUGGUUUGUGGCAAUGGCUUUUCUUGUUUAUGCAUGGAGAGCUGUUCUUUUUGAAUUGUCAAACUGGAAGAACGCUGCAUUUGGAAUACUACGAUUCAUAGGAUAUGUCUUCAAAUAUAUUUUUGCAUUAGUCUAUCGAUUCAUAGGAAAUCCAAUCACUUUUACAAUUAGAUCCAUUGAGGAUUUGAUUUACGGCAUACAGGCUUUUUACUCUUGGAUAAUUACUAGUGCCCCUGUACCAGACCUGACCGUUGUCAUCUUCUUGGCAUCCGUUGUUUUAGCUAUUGCUGAAACCACUGUUCCUAAUUGUAUCAGCGACCAACCUUAUGUUCUGACAGUAACUGGCCUUAUUGGCUAUGCUGCUGUUAAAGGAAUUAUUUCUGAACCACUGUUCUGGACCCUUUUAGUUGGAGUCUAUGGUUUUUCAAAAUUUAUCAAAAGGAGAGAUGAUGUUUCUUCUGCAAUGCCUGUUGCAGCUGUACUUGCUGCUGUUGGAGAGCCUUGGGUUAGAUUUGUGGUGAUAGUUUCAUAUACGGCCUUGGCUAUUUAUCAGUAUUCAAAAAUGCGUUUAGAAGGGAAAGAAGUUGAAGAGAUUGAACGACAUGGGAGCAAGCUUCCAAUUCCACUUUUUCUUGCAGCUUUAGCAAUUGGCUUACGCGUUGCAGCUAAGUGGGCUGGGUAUCGGCACUUGACAUGGAUGAUAGUAUGACCGAUGAUAGGUAAUUAAUCAGUGAAUGAAGUUUGGUGAUCUGUAAAGUUGAGGUAAGAUAUGAUUAGAUAGCUUUUAUUGUGAUUUCCCUGUUGCAAUUGUUGUAAUUUUUUUAAUCAUAAAGCUGUACCUGUCCAUCCAACAUUGUCACUUGACUGUUUCAGUAGUUGCAUUUGCAAUUUUGAUCACAUACUAUUUGGCCUUCCAA